AUGUUUUGUCAGGCAGCUCGUGAACAAGUUUAUGGUUCUCGUUAUCAAUGGAUUAUUCUUGGUUAUCCAUCAUUAUCAACUUGGUGGAAUGAACCAACUGAUUGUUCAAUGCAAGAAAUAAUUCGUGUAAUUAAUGGUACAUUACAAACACGUCUACCACCUUUAUCUAUUGAUGAUAAUGAAAAUCAAUUAGAAUAUAUCACGGAAUAUAUAAAACAAUUUUCUAAAUUAGAAAAAGAUUAUUUUCAUGGUUAUGUAUAUGAUACAAUAUGGAGUUUAGCAUAUCUUUAUCAAUCACAUUUAUUAAGUAAUCAAUCAAUUAUUGGAAUAUUUUAA